AAAGACUAAUAUCUUUCAAAGUUGGCUGCCUUAUUGGCUAUUGGCAGUUUCCCAGAUUAGCAGCCUUAUGAUUAUUAGAGAUACUGCAGUAUCUUAUAACCGUCAUUUCUCUGGGGAAACUUUGCAGAGAUGGAGAGCAAAGGACAGUGUGAAAUAUCAUUUUAACACUCAAUUAUUUGAGGAUGCAAGAUCUGACAUCAAUUGACGUAUUUGUUUGAUUCUUAUGAGGAAAAAAUGUUGAUGCUAAAUGAUUUUGAUUUGAAUUCAAUGCAACGAUACACUGAUAUUUUCAAGCAGACCAUGCUCGAUCAGGAGAUUAUAUUCAGAAAGCAGGUCCAUGAGCUCCAUCAUUUGUAUAGUGUUCAGAAGACUCUAAUGAUGGAUCAUUUCCCCCUGGAGCUUGAAAAGCACAAUUCAUGGAAGGCAUAUGCACAAUCAUUUCCCAAAGAAACCAGAGUCCCCAGAAAUUCAAUUCCCAUGUUGGGCUCAAGAGUAUCUUCAAGUCAGAAGGUUUUAGAAGGGUGGACGGGCAAAUUUCAGCAAAAACCUUCUGAUCUUCAACUUCUACCUGAUCAGUAUAUCAGUCUUGGUGAUAAUAAUCUUCCAAAUAAGGGACAGGUUGGGGAUCACUUAAAAGAAACCAUGGAUGUAAAUUCUCUCCAUGGUGGUGAUUUCACAGAUCCACUGGAGUUGAGGCUUUCUCUAAGCCUUGGAGUGGCCGAGGUGAAAAAGGAAGAUAAACAGAGAAGUUGGUAUGACAGGAAAACUAAUACCUGCUAUGGAAUUGUCAUUGAUUCCAAAAAAUCUACUGAGAGGACCUCAGAUGAGGAUGCAAAAUAUCCGCCUUCCGAUUUUGCCGCUAAAGCUACAUAUUCUGGAGGUAAGCAUGGUUCGGAAGUUACUAUAACAUCUGAUCCAAUCACUUCAAGAAACAUGAAGAAAGAUCUAUCUCAUGAGAUUGCAGAGAGUAGCUCCUUUGUUGGGGACAGCAAAUGCUGCCAAGACUGGAGCUAUUCUGAUCAAGGAUUAAAACGCCAUGAAGAUAUGCCACACAAAAACUUUUUGGCUAGAAAGCCGCAGCUCCUUUCAUAUGGAGUGGGACAUGUGGACCUUAAUGAAGUUCUGCUUGAUGAUUUGUCUUGUCACUCAAAUGAUGCCAUGGUGGCCCAUCCUUUGACAACUAGCUCAUCUGGUGGUUUUAGUGGACUGGUUAGCAGGAGUCAAGAAUCCUUGUGUCCAACUGCAUUUUGGAGAAAAGAAAUUAAGGAGUUCUCCAUUGGCACUUUUGAGAUGCUUCAACAAGAUGAUGGUGCAAAACUUGCUUUGAUGAAUUCCAAUAACAAAGACAAAAGAACCGAAAUUCAAGUCGGAAAUGCUGAACUAAGUGGAAGGAAUGAAUGCAAAACAAGCCUUAUUGGUCCUGCAUCUGUAUCCAGGCCCCAAAUAAGCCUUUCCAAAGACCUUGGCAGCCACAGUGGAAACACCAAGAAUGGAACGGAUGACCUGAUGCUGAAACGACAAAAUGGUCCUGCUUAUGGUCCCAACCCUGCAUGUGUAAUUGCUAGAGAAGUGGGUUGUGAGAAGACUGAAGAAGGGGACAGUGUGUUGUUCUGUUCUGGUAAAAUCCAAAUUACAAUUGAAGAUGAAAAUCCUGAUGAGUCUCCUGCUUCGGGGAAGUCAAGCUGCAUUUCAGAUCUUGAUUCUAGCCCCGUAAGGACUAUGCAACGUGGAAUUGAACCCAGUAAUUCAAAUCUUCCUGCUUCUGAUCAGUUUUCAGGAACCCAUGGGAGAUCUCAGGUUGCAGAAACUUUAUCAGGUGAGCAGGAUCAAAGAUCUUCUGACGGUAAUGAAGUAAAAUAUGAAUGUUACAAGAACAGGGAAGAAUCAGCUGAAGUGGAUGAUUUGAUCAAAAUAGCCGCUGAAUCCCUUGUCCAUAUCUCCUUGGAGAAUUUGGCGUGCUAUCAGGAAUCUUCAACCAGGACAGGGUCCAAUGAGUUAGAGAACGAGGACAAGGAGCAGACACAGUGUUCAUCUGAUUCUUUUGAGUUAAUGACUCUGAAACUGACAGAAAGCAGUGGUGAUGACUAUUCUCCAUCAUCAAAGCCAGUUGUAAGUGAUGCAGAGAGAAAAGAUUUGAGUAUCAAGCUAAGAAGGGGAAGGAGACUGAAGGAUUUUCAAAAGGACAUACUUCCAGGUCUUGCAUCACUUUCUAGACAUGAAAUCCGUGAAGAUAUAAACAUUCUUGAGGGAGUUUUAAGAUCAAGGGAGUACAGGAAAAUGAGAGCUAAGAUGGUUAAUGGAGAGAGUUGGUGUACACCAGUGAGAAGCAGACGGUCAAGACUCAAUUAUGUAGGAAGAAAAACUUUUAGAAUAUAUUCAAUUUGAAGUUCAAACUUAAUCAGAUUUUAGCAUAAAUGUGUUGUGUAAUCCAAUCUAUUUUAACUGCAAAUAAUCUUUAAACUCAUUCAUUGAUCUAAAGAUAUUUAACCAUG